AUGAGUGAUAAAAACGAAUAUUUGUCGAACACUGUGUCUACGGAAACGUCGUUCACGAAGGACGACGAGUCUGCGUUGAGCUUUGCGAACGAUAAGACAGAUACUGACCGUAUUCGGUUUGCUGAUGGUGAAAGAGCUGACGGUGUUUCUGUUCCGGGCAGAGCUCGCAGAAGGUUAUCGUUUCAUAGUCUUAGCAGAGACGAUGACUUGUUCACGAUCAGAGAGAGGGUGCAGCCAGAUGUGGUGCUUCCUACGGUUUUCAAGACCAUCUCUCAUGAUGUGGAGAAUACGUCUUUGACUCAGAAUGAGCUUGACCCAACCACUAGCAAGUUCGCUGGGAUUAAUUACCAUACAGAUGAUCCAGAGAAGCUUGUGGUUGAUUUCGGUACCGAUAUGACCUACGGUUUGAGUGGACCUCAACUGAGCAUCAGGCGGAAAGAGUUUGGCUUUAAUGUUCAGUCAAAACCUCCAAGUCGUUUAUUGAAGAAAAUAUUCAUGUACUUCUUUGGAGGGUUUGGUGUGUUGUUGUUGACUGGUGGUAUUUUGUGUAUCAUCAGUUGGAAGCCAUUGGGUAAUCCAGAUCCAGCGGUAUCCAAUCUUAUCCUUGGAAUCAUUUUGCUUUUCGUGUUUAUGUUCCAGGCCAUGUUUAACUUUUUUCAGGAUUUUUCUAGCUCUCGUGUCAUGGACUCGAUUCAUAAUAUGAUUCCUAUUGAGACAUUGGUUGUUCGUGAAGGAAGCACUGAGCAGGUGGAUUCAAAGCUUCUUGUUCCUGGCGAUAUCAUUAGAUUUGGUACGGGCGUGAAGGUUCCAGCAGAUGUCAGAAUCGUGGAAGCAUCCCCUGAGUUGGCUUUCGAUAGGUCCAUCUUAACCGGUGAGUCUAAUGCUACACCUGCUACAGCUCGUUCAGACCCUCCUCAUUCAAAUUACCUUGAAAGUAAUUGUAUUGCCAUGCAAGGUACAUUUGUGGUUAGUGGAUCAGGAAAAGGUAUUGUUGUGGCAACAGGCGAUAAUACUAUUUUUGGUACCAUUGCUAAAUUGACAUCCAAACCAAAAAAGGGUCUAACGCCAAUGCAAUGGGAGAUCUUACGUUUUGUGUUUAUGACUUCCUCCAUUAUUGUGACUCUUGUCAUUAUAAUCAUUAUCCUUUGGUGUACUUGGUUGAAUAAGGACCACAAUGGCUGGCUUACCGUGUCUGGACUUAUUGUUGAUAUCGUGGCCGUGGCUGUUGCUUUCAUCCCAGAAGGUUUACCAAUCGCCUUGACUACCUGUUUGAUUAUCACUGCUACCCAAAUGAGAAAGAGCAAGAUCUUGUGUAAAACGUUAUCUACAGUGGAAACCUUGGGGUCUGUGAGCGUCUUGUGCUUUGACAAGACAGGCACUUUGACAAAAACCAACAUGACUGUGACUGACAUCUUUAAAGGUAACGAAGAAACUGCUGUUGGCGGACUGAAGUUUGAAAGCUCAGAAGACGAUGAUCCUGAUGCAUUGACAAACCACUUUCUUACCAUUUGCAGCUUGUGCAACGAUACCACUACUUCUAAAGAUGGCACACUUAAUGGUAACGCUACGGAUAAAGCUGUUUUUCAAUAUGUUGAUGCAAUCACCCCAAGAUGGGAACUUGAACAGAAAUGGAGUUCAAGGUUCCAGAUUGCCUUCAACUCCAAGGAUAAGUAUAUGGCUAAUCUUUUGGAUGCAAACUCUUCGUAUCAGCUUUCUGAAAAGUCGUGGUCGCAGAUUGGUAUUGAUCUUCCUAUUGGAGCAGAAGAGAGUUAUUCUUUGUUGACCGUCAAGGGAGCUCCUGAUAUCCUUUUGGGAAACUGUACGAGCAUGCUUCAAAGGAGUGGUGAAGAUGGCGUCGCAGUCGGAGACAUUGAUUUUGAAAUGCUUACGAACGUUAAAAAGAUCCAACAAAAAUGGUCUAGAGAAGGCAAGAGAGUGAUUAUGCUUGCCUCCAAGAUGGUCAAGCCUUCGACUAUUGAUUUCACGGAUAGAUUUGAAGCUACUGAGAAGUUGAGGGAAGAGAUCUCUGACGGUAUGACGUUAGUCGGGUUGCUUGGAAUUGAAGAUCCCCCAAGAAAGAACAUUGAUGUUGUUCUUGGAAAGUUGAGGGAUGCUGGCGUGAAGAUUGUGAUGAUUACUGGUGACUUUGAACUUACAGGUUUAUCCAUUGCCAAGCAAGUUGGAAUUGUCACAGGGAAUGUGGAUACGUAUCAAGAUGUGGUUGCAAAUACUGCAAAAGGUGAUCCAGACGACACUUCACCAAUUCCUAGAGCGGUCAGUAUCAUUGGAAGUGAUUUGAAUACCUUGACUGAUGAAGAGUGGGCCCGUAUUAUUCGAUAUGAGGAGUUGGUGUUCACUAGAACCACUCCAGAGCAGAAGCUUAUGAUCAUCAAACAGUUUCAAAAGCAUAAGCACAUCAUUGGUAUGACUGGUGACGGUAUCAAUGAUAGUCCUUCAUUGAAGCAAGCUGAUAUUGGCAUAUCUCUCAUUGACGCUUCCGACAUUGCCAAGGAAGCUUCUGAUAUUAUCUUGAUGAACAAUACUGGAGCCGAAGACGAAUUAUUCAAUUCAAUUAUUGAUGCCCUCAAAUACGGAAGGUUGGUGUUUGAAAACUUGAGAAAGACAAUCGGCUAUUUGCUUCCAGCAGGUACAUACGCUGAGCUUUGGCCAGUGUUGAUGAAUGUUAUUUUUGGAAUGCCCCAGAUGCUACUGUCUUUCUUGAUGAUCAUCAUCUGUUGUAUCACUGAUUGUACUGGUGCUAUCAUUUUGGCCUAUGAGUCCAAUGAGAGAAACUUGUUACAGAAGAAGCCAAGAAGCAUCACCAAAGAGAAGUUGGUCGACUGGAAAUUGUUCCUACACUCGUACUUCACCAUUGGUACGUACUACUGUUUCACGUCGUUUAUCGUGGCUUUCCUCAAUCUCACCAGAAGAGGUUACAAGUUCUCAGACUUUUCAUUGAGCUAUGGCACCUAUGAAGACUUACCACAUGUUGAAGAUUACAUCAACAUGUCGUCUUCAAUCUACUUUGUCAAUUUGGUGAUCAUGCAGCUUUUCAAUUUGUUUGCCAUGAGAACAAGGUACCUCAGUAUCUUCCAGCAUUCGCCUAUGAAGAAUAAGUACCUUUUCGUUGUGAUUCCCUUGGCCCUUGGUGUUACGUUCAUUGUCAACUACAUACCAGCGAUCAACUCUUCGUUGGAUACUGCCCAAGUACCUGUGGAGUACUAUUUCAUUGCCAUUGGCUUUGGAGCUUUAGUGUUGACCUAUGAUGAAUUAAGAAAAUGGUGCAACAGAAAGUAUCCACAUGGACCCUUGGCGAAGAUUGCUUGGUAA